CUUCCGUCCUCUCCAAACAACUUAUCUGUUACUUAAUAAUUUAAAAUUUAAAAUCUUAAACCUUGUUUGGAGCUCUGUUUUCCCUCAUCUGGAACCAUAAACUAGGGUUUACGUUUUUUUUCAAGAAUUAUCCCCCCAAACCCUUCCUUUCCCUCACAACCAUACACUUAUCCUAAUUAUUUCUUUCCAUUUUCUUCUUUUUAAUUUUCUUGGGGAAAUUAAAAAAAAAAAGAAUUUUAAAAAUAAAUAUUCCACAUGAGUGGAGUGAGUACCAGCGGUGGAGACGAUGGCGGUGGCAUGCUCGUGCCGGCGCCGGCACCGAUGCCGAUGCCGAUGCCGAGCACGAACACGCCGCCGCCGUUCCUGAGCAAGACGUACGACAUGGUAGAGGACCCUUCAACGGACCCGAUCGUGUCGUGGAGCGCAACGAACAAUAGCUUCGUGGUUUGGAACCCACCGGAAUUCGCAAGGGACCUUUUGCCGAAAUACUUCAAGCACAACAACUUCUCCAGCUUCGUUAGGCAGUUGAACACUUACGGUUUCAGGAAGGUUGAUCCAGAUCGCUGGGAAUUUGCAAAUGAAGGAUUUUUGAGGGGUCAAAAGCACUUACUUAGAACUAUAACUCGGCGGAAACCUGCCCAUGGUCAUAGUCAUCAACAGGCUCCACAAUCACAUGGACAGAGUUCAACAGCAGGGGCAUGUGUAGAAGUUGGGAAGUUUGGGAUUGAGGAAGAGGUUGAGAGACUUAAAAGAGAUAAGAACGUCCUCAUGCAAGAGCUUGUGAGGUUGCGACAGCAGCAACAGGCCACCGAUAGCAAGAUGCAGACAAUGGCUCAGCGCCUUCAUGGAAUGGAGCAACGACAACAACAAAUGAUGUCAUUUCUGGCAAAAGCUGUUCAAAGCCCAGGAUUCUUUGCUCAGUUUGUGCAACACCAAAGUGAGAACAAUAGACGCAUAACUGAAGUCAAUAAAAAGCGUCGGCUCAGGCCGGAAGGCAUUUCCGAAACUGAGCCUGCUACUGUUCCUGCUGGACAAAUUGUGAAAUAUCAGCCUAUGAUGAAUGACCUAGCAAAAUCAAUGCUAAAGCAAAUUAUCAAAUGGGAUGCUUCUCAUGCCGAUGCUCUAAGUAAAAACUCAGAUAAUUACUUGAUUGCCGAUGACACCAUGACUUCAACCUGGCCUUCUGGUUCUGGGGUAACACUUCAAGAGGUUCCUCCGGCUUCAUUGCAGUCCUCCCACACUCCUGCUGCUACAGGGACUCAAGGACACAUCCCAUCAGCAGCCAUACCUGAUAUUCCAUCUUUACCACAAGUUGCAGCUCCUGAAAAAGUUACAAAGGAUGGAUCAUCUGGGGCACCUUCUAUCCAUGCUUCUCAAGCAGAUGUUAUCAUGCCUGAUCUUCCUUCGAUAAAUGAGACAGAGACAAGAAGUAAUAUUCAAAUGCCAGAGAAAGGGGACGAGGGAUAUAUGGAUCCUAAUUCACUAGGAGUUGGUGCGUCAUUUCCUAUUGAUAUAGAAGGUUUUUCCCCUGAAAUAGACAUCGACGAUUUCUUAUCGAAUCCUUCUAUCUGGGAUGAUCUCUUGCAAACUCCAGUGCCCGUGGAUAUUGAGGAAGAUGUUGCCAAAGAGUCCAAGGGUAAUGGGGUGGAAACAACAGAAAAUGGAUGGGACAAAACUCAACGCAUGGAUCACCUUACUGAGCAGAUGGGUCUUCUUUCUUCGGAUGUACAAAAGAGAGUUUGAUGUCUAUUGAAUCUAUGUUAACCUUCUAUAUUAUUGUCUAAGGUAACCCCUGACCUAGAAGAUGCACUGGUGCUUUGUCAUCGAUACUUAAUCAGUUCCUUCCAAUGUUAAUAGACAAUAUGUAAAGUUGACGAUCUGAUAAAUAUGUGGAAAAGAUAUUAGGGUAA